AUAGAAUGUCUCAACACAAUAAAAGACAAAAGAUAUCGAACAAAUCAGGACAUUACACGGUUCCUGCCGCUAAGUAUCCUGAGAAGUCAAUAGAAGGAGCAUCUUAUGCUCCAGUAUAUUCCAUAUACAGUGGUGACUUGGUUGGCGGUAAUUUUAAAGCAGUCACUUAUAAAUCGAUAUUUGGGCUGAAGUAUAUUGAAAGACUAGACUUAGUCCGUAAUGCAUUGAUUAAGGAUGAAGAAUUUAAGCCCAUGAGAAUAACAGAAAAAGACUAUGUCACUCCGGAACUGAUAGAAAAGUUAAAGAAUGAAGUACGUACAGCAAAAGAAUCCAGUGGUAUUAGAAAUCACUCAACUGACGAAAAAGUUGAAUUUUUAAACUCGCUUUUAGAUGAUGAAUUAAAAGGGAAACAACUCCCUGAGAGUUAUGGUCCUAAAGUUAUCGAUUAUUAUAAAAGCGAGAAGCCAGAUGUCACUUUAAAUUUUAAUCGAAGUGACUUUGAAUUCGUGAAAAAACUUGAUUUACAAAGGAUCAAAAUUGAUAGAUUUGAAGAUGUGCAGAAUAUUGAUAUGACACCUUAUGAAAGAAGAAAAGAAGAAUUGGCAAGUACUCAAGACGCGGGAGUCCAGGAUGAACCUGCUCCAAUUCAAGAACUGAGCCAAGGUGGAGAAAACUUUGAAUUACCACAGGUAACUGGAGAAUCUGAUAUUCCUGGUGACUCUCUGCUCGUACAAGAUCAUACCGCUUUGCUUAAUGAAACACUCGUCCAAGAAACGGCUCAGCUGUUUCCCCUUGGUCAAUUGGAAGGUGAGAUAACCGAUCAAACAUCUGAAAACCAGUCACCAGAAUGAUUUAUAACUACAAUGAUUUUCGUUUGUAUAAAAUAUGUAUAUUAAAUAAUAAUUAUCUUUAGUUCUCCAAACCACCCAAUACAACACUUUUUACGAUAGUAUAAUCUUCGAUACCAAACUUUGAACCUUCCCUUCCAAAUCCACUUUCUUUGACACCACCAAAUGGCAUAGCUGCUUCGGAAAUGGCACCAGUAUUGACACCAAUCAUACCAACUUCUA